AUGAAAGAUGAGUUGCCUUCACAAAAUUUUUUCAACAAUAGUGUUAAAUCAUUAUCUGAUAAUAACAGAUUUUAUUUGGAUAACAAUGCAAAAAGUUCAGAUGAAAUGAAUAGUAAUGUUGAAGAUGAUGUAGAAUAUUGGGUGAAAUUUGUUUCUAAUAUUAGCACUAGAGGAAAUGAUUAUAUUUCAAUGGAUUUAAUUAAAGAAUUAAAGGAAAAUAAAAAUCAUCUCAUUAAAAUUUCAAACCAAAAUGAAAAAAUAAUAAAAUUACUCCAAGAACAAAAGGAUGUCAUCAAUUCUUUGAAAAAUGAACAAAUUCCUUCAAAGAAACAUCCUUCUUGUUGGAUUGAU